CUGUCCCCUUAAAUGUUUAUUAUUUAUUUUGAUAACAAUGACACAUCGAUCAUAAUAGAAGAAUUUUUACUUCAUCACCAAAAAACCUUUUAAAAAAAUUUCAUCACCCAAAACGGGUUUAGAAACAUAAAACUUAUUAUUAUAUAUUAAAACUUUUAAAUUUAUUAAAUAUUUAAAGAAAAACAUGUCUCGAUGAAACAAUCGAUUAUGUUAAUAUAUCGAUAAUCUAGUGCGAAUUUACCCAGGUUCUGUCGAUAAUCGAUCUAUCGCGUCUUAUCACUAAACCUCAUGCAAAAACCAAAUUGGCCCCAUUUUGUUACUAUUUUACUUUUUUCCGACCCUUUUUCUUCGAGACGCGAUCCGAUUUUCCCGUGUGAAAAUCUUGGCAAAAAAUCAGCUGAAAAAAAUUCCCUGAGAAAAAUAAAACCUGAGGGGGCCGCGUUACUGCUGUUUUUUUUUCUUUUCCGUUAAUAAUUUAUUUUUGAAAACAUUAUUCGUUUUUAAAUGAAAUAGGAACACAUUUUUUUCGUUCGAAUUCUAAGUCGAGUCUGAUCAAAAAAACAGGGGUUUUUAAUAUCUUCUUAUUUACAAAAAAAAAACAGGACCCGAGUUGAAAAUUUUGAGGGAAGUGUGUUAUCAUAAAGGUCUUGGAUAAAAAGGUUAACCUCCGCGUAGCGUAACGUCUCUUCUCUCAGUCCAUAGGGGAAAAAGGAAAAAUAUUCAAAACAAAGAAAAAUUGACAUAAAGACAUAAAAGAACCACCCGAAAAAAAAUUUCAAAAAAAAAACAUGAGUGCCUUCGCCAGUAAGCAGUAAAGGGGUCCAGGGUCCCGAUUAGAAAAGUAUAAACCAAGUGGGAAGCGUUUGAGAAAUGGCCAACAUAGCUGCCCAAAGGAUCAAAAGGGAAUUCAAAGAGGUGAUUCGAAGCGAAGAGGUAGCAAAAUGCGCUAUAAAAGUGGAACUGGUGGGAGAUUCGUACACAGAGCUUCGAGGCGAGAUCGGAGGUCCACCCGACACUCCUUACGAAGGCGGUAGAUUUGUGUUAGAAAUUAAAAUUCCUGAAACGUACCCUUUUAACCCACCUAAGGUGCGUUUUGUUACGAAAAUAUGGCAUCCCAACAUUUCCUCCGUGACGGGCGCUAUUUGUUUAGACAUAUUAAAAGACCAAUGGGCGGCUGCAAUGACAUUACGCACCGUUUUGCUCUCUCUGCAGGCGUUGAUGGCAUCUCCCGAGCCAGACGAUCCUCAGGAUGCGGUAGUCGCAAAGCAGUACAAAGAAAACCAGGAUAUGUUCAGGGUCACAGCUAGGUACUGGACUUCAUUAUACGCUGGAGGGCCUCCAGCAGAUGAGGAAUGUACGAAAAAGAUGCAGAGGCUGAAAGACAUGGGCGUAGAGUCGUCAAAGGCCGUGACAGCACUCUCUUCGUAUGACUGGGACCUGGAACGUGCUACCGAGCUCCUCUUCAGCUAGGGACUGGUUCAAUUGUUAUCCCUACUUACACACGUGUACUUCUUUUUUAUUUUGUAAAGAAGCGACUUUCUACCUCCAAAAUUGAAAAUUGUUCGUAAGACGAUCCAACGGACAUAUCCACACUUAGAAACUUGUCUUUUCAAAUAUAUAUAUUAUAUAUAUUUUUUUAUGCUCACAUUUUCAAAGUGGAAUAGUAUUUUCAUGAUCUUUUUUUGUUUUAAAUUUUUCUUUUUUUUAAUAUAUAAUUGCAUUUAGUUACACUGCCACUUCAUUAAACAAGCAAAUAUGCAUUAUCAUGUCAUUGCAUUUAUCCAAAAUAUUUAGCUAAAACUAAUUUCCAUACACACAAGUCACACCUCAGGAAUACUUGCUUGGAUGAAAACAGCAGAUAUAUUUCACAAUAUUCUCAAAGAAUAUCGUUAAUAAAUUUUUCAUAUAA